CCUCACUUCAAACCCCACCGUGCGCGCCUCUAUGAGCGCGCAUGAAGGCAUUCUGCUGGAGAGGUUUUGCGAAACUUUAAGGAUGAUAUACCCGGGAUGUUUCCUGCUGCUCUGUGGGCUCUCGCAUGUCACGGCAAGCUAUCCCAUCUGGUGGUCACUAGCAGUGGGCCACCAGUACUCAUCGCUGGGCACCCAACCAAUUCUGUGUGGCAGCAUCCCUGGUCUGGUGCCCAAGCAGCUGCGGUUCUGCCGGAACUAUGUGGAGAUAAUGCCCAGUGUGGCCGAGGGGGUGAAGAUUGGCAUCCAGGAGUGCCAGCACCAGUUCCGCGGCCGACGCUGGAACUGCACCACUGUCACUGACAAUCUGGCCAUCUUUGGGCCAGUGUUAGAUAAAGCCACUCGAGAGUCCUCAUUCGUUCAUGCCAUCGCCUCAGCGGGAGUGGCGUUUGCAGUGACCCGUGCCUGCGCCGAUGGUACAGCCACCAUCUGCGGGUGUGACUCGCGCCACAAGGGCCCCCCCGGUGAGGGGUGGAAGUGGGGCGGCUGCAGCGAGGACGUGGAGUUUGGAAGCAUGGUUUCCCGAGAGUUUGCUGAUGCGAGAGAGAAUCGCCCGGAUGCACGUUCAGCCAUGAACCGCCACAACAAUGAGGCAGGAAGAAUGUCCCUCAAUGACAACAUGUUCCUGAAAUGUAAGUGCCAUGGUCUUUCGGGUAGCUGUGAGGUCAAGACUUGCUGGUGGUCUCAGCCUGACUUCCGAGUUAUUGGCGACUACAUGAAGGAUAAGUACGACAGCGCAUCCGAGAUGGUCGUAGAGAAACACAAGGAGUCCCGCGGAUGGGUGGAGACCCUGAGACCCAAGUACAACUACUUCAAGCCCCCCACCGAGCGUGACCUGGUUUAUUAUGAGAGCUCACCCAAUUUCUGUGACCCUAAUCCUGAGACCGGCUCCUUUGGCACCCGCGAUCGCGUCUGCAACCUGACGUCCCACGGCAUAGACGGGUGCGACCUUCUGUGCUGCGGGAGAGGCCACAACACCCGGACUGAGAAGCGAAAGGAGAAGUGCAACUGUAUUUUUCACUGGUGCUGCUACGUCAGCUGUCAGGAGUGCGUGAAAGUCUACGACGUGCACACCUGCAAAUAGGGGUGACAUGGUUUUCGUACUUUCUCGCCAAAACUUAAAGGCAGAAGAAAAAAAACUACACUGACUUGGCUACAAGACACGAGAGACUGUGAAAUGCCUUGCCUGUGCUCGGACUCCAGCGGCAGAGAUAACAGCCUUGUGUUUUCUGCUGUGAUGCUAAGAGGAGCCAAUCUGACAGUUGAUCACUAAGCAUCACCCAUAGGAACUCUGACAGUGGUGACAAUGACAACAAUGUGGAUAUCUAUAGCAAAGGACUAACUAGCGCCUAAUUGACGAACACCAUAUUGGUGACUUUUGUUUUUCUUCUGUGUUCCAAGUAGUUUGUUGAGAAUGGUACAGCACUGCCAAUGUUCAAGUCCAUCUAAUCGAUGAAAAUGUCACAUGUUUAAUAAUCAUAUGUUGCUGCCACACAAAAAGUGACGACAGACACUUGACAGCAUGCAUUCUCCUCCUCAACAUUAUUAGUAUACGUGUGUUUAUCUGAACACUAACAUUGUCAUUGUGUGAGUGAGUAUUUUGUUUCAUCAUCUUAGUGUGUAACUGAUGUUUGGGUAAGAAUGCACUUGCACCUGAGUGAAUGUAGUUUUUAUGCUGUAACGUGUUUACAUGUUCACAAACUCUUAAGCUAAUGAGUUAAUAUCUGCUUUAAUUGACUAAUUUCAUCUGAGAUUUAGACAUGAGCCACAACUACUGAACAUUGGCAAAGCAAGAUUAUACACAAGCUGUGUCCGAGUUCAGAGGCUGCAUCUUACGGAGGCUGCGUUUUCACAUCGAUAACGUCACAGCAGCAUUUUGGAGGUGCCACCAAAAUAUGGUUGAAAAAUGUAUCCUUAAAUCCUUGAGAGACAAAGGCUCCAAUGGUUGGAUCCUUCUCAGACCAUCCUAUCCCAGAAUUAGUUGCGCUAUAGUGACCAUUUUUCAAACAGGUAACGGAGCAAGGGACAAGACGGUCGAUGCUUAAGUAUCAAUCUUCAACUCAACAGAUCAGCAAAUGGUAAAAAAAAACUCUCUUCUGUCGACCAGACCGUCUCAUUUUCCUUUUGGUUUUGGCACACUACCCACUUGAACCAGGGAGACCUCCUGCCUUGUGGGCUGUAUUGACCAAGUCCUCCUUCGAUGGCCGCCCCCUGAGUUUGGACACAGCAACCUUCUACGCAUUUCAUGACACACCUGAAAACACUGGAAGCUUUUCCUUAAGAGCAACAAUGCUUUGAAUGACCAAAGAAAAUAAAUGUUCGCCUGCCGUGGUCAGAGAGCUGUAAGCGAAUCGAAAGGUCAGCACUUGUGUCCUGUUGAGAAAUAUGAAGCAUGUUCUCCUUGUUUGUUUUUUUAUCAGUAUUAGCAUUGUGUCAUGUGACUGCAUGUGGGGGGGACGGGGGGACGGGUAGGGGGGUACUGUUAUUUAUGAAAGGGAUAGUUCCACUUUUUUGUUUCAUUAAUACAAAUAUAAUAUUCAAAUAUUCGAUCAAAUAGAAGUAAAGUACGUGCUCCCCGAGGAACCAACACAAAACAAACACACUAAUGACGGAUAAACUGAGCUGUGUCUUUUGGGCUCAGUUCAAUGCAGUAUAAUUUACAGUUGCAGUAAAGUGAUGACCAAAGCCUGUGCAUGUGAUGAUUCUCAGCUGUGGCUUAUUGUUCCCCAAACUAAUCAACACACAGCAUCACUGAAACUAUACAUUUUUUCCUUAUUGUAAUGCUGCUAAUUAAAGAUAGUAUGUGUGUGCGUGUGUGUGCAUAUGUGUGUGUUUAGGUCCUCAGUACGUCUAUGUGUGUUAUUUGUAUAUUCUUGCAUGUUUUGAUUCUUUCUGUGAAAGAAAAAUUAUAUAUAUAUAUAUAUAGUUUGGAAAAAAUGUGAAGUUUUGACUAAUUUUUUAUACAUACAGUAAUUUCCAUUUAACCAAAUAGACCAAAAUAGAGUUUACAUUAUUUUAGUUGUCGUAGUCGGGCCAAACGUCAGGGCAAAAAUGAUUCACGUUUCUUUCCCUAAGAUGAAAUGCAACACAACGCAGUAUUUAUUUAUUCACAGAGUGAAAAAAUACAGAAAGCUGAGACAGAAAAAACUUUGUUAUAAGUAAAGUAAUGUUCUUGACAACGUCUUUGCAUCAAGUCACUGAUGAAUUAUUGUUCUUAGCCAUUGAAAUGGUAAGUCUCAGGCAUGUAUAGUUUUCAGGCUCUAAUCAAAACUGCCCAUCAUGACUGAAAAUAUUAAAGAACAGCCAUAACACACGAAAGUCAUUCUUAAUAAACUACACAGCAAACUGUCAGUACCAGAAUCUACUAUCUUGCGUUAAUUACUCUUCACUCUACAUGUGAUUGAUUGCUUGUGUGUUCUAAUUUGUUUUGUUUUUAAAUCCAAAGUUUUGUAUAAACUAGUUCCUUUUUUUCUGUUUCGUGGGUUCCUAAAAUUGGAUGUUUUUUAUAAUUAUUUAUUUCAUGCUAUGUACAUAUUAGUGAGUAAAAAUAUAUAUUUGCAGAAAAAACUUUUUUUUAAACAGUGUUUUGACGUGUAACACUGUAGCCUUUUUACCUCAUAUCUGUUUUUUCACUGACUCCCCACAGGUAUCAUUUGUC